GGGACAGGGGCAGGGAGGCUCCGGCCAGUCCCGGCAGCCAGGGACAGAUGCCGAUCGAGAUUGUGUGCAAAAUCAAAUUUGCAGAGGAGGAUGCGAAACCCAAGGAGAAGGAGGCAGGGGAUGAGCAGAGCCUCCUGGGGGCUGCACGGGGGGAAGCAGCCCCCCGGGACCUGGCCACCUUUGCCAGCACCAGCACUCUGCACGGGCUGGGCCGGGCCUGUGGCCCAGGCCCCCACGGACUGCGCAGAACGCUGUGGGCACUGGCCCUACUCACCUCGCUGGCUGCCUUCCUGUACCAGGCGGCCAGCCUGGCCCGGGGCUACCUGACCCGGCCGCACCUGGUGGCAAUGGACCCCGCUGCCCCAGCCCCGGUGGCGGGCUUCCCGGCUGUCACCCUCUGCAACAUCAACCGUUUUCGGCAUUCGGCACUCAGCGAUGCCGACAUCUUCCACCUGGCCAAUCUGACAGGGCUGCCCCCCAAAGACCGGGACGGGCACCGUGCCGCCGGCCUGCGCUACCCGGAGCCGGACAUGGUAGACAUCCUCAACCGCACUGGCCACCAGCUUGCCGACAUGCUCAAGAGCUGCAACUUCAGUGGGCACCACUGCUCCGCCAGCAACUUCUCCGUGGUCUAUACUCGCUAUGGGAAGUGUUAUACUUUCAACGCGGAUCCGCAGAGCUCACUUCCCAGCCGGGCGGGGGGCAUGGGCAGUGGCCUGGAGAUCAUGCUGGACAUCCAGCAGGAAGAGUACCUGCCCAUCUGGAGAGAGACAAACGAGACGUCAUUUGAGGCCGGCAUCCGGGUGCAGAUCCACAGCCAGGAGGAGCCACCCUACAUCCACCAGCUGGGCUUCGGCGUGUCCCCAGGCUUCCAGACCUUUGUGUCCUGCCAGGAACAGCGACUGACCUACCUGCCCCAGCCCUGGGGCAACUGCCGGGUGGAGAGCGGGCUCGGGGAGCCGGAGCUGCAGGGCUACUCGGCCUACAGCGUGUCUGCCUGCCGGCUGCGCUGUGAGAAAGAGGCUGUGCUUCAGCGCUGCCACUGCCGGAUGGUGCACAUGCCAGGCAAUGAGACCAUCUGCCCGCCAAAUAUCUACAUUGAGUGUGCUGACCACACACUGGACUCCCUGGGUGGGGGCUCCGAGGGCCCGUGUUUCUGCCCUACCCCCUGCAACCUGACCCGCUACGGGAAAGAAAUCUCCAUGGUCAGGAUCCCCAACAGGGGCUCAGCCCGGUACCUAGCAAGGAAGUACAACCGCAACGAGACCUACAUACGGGAGAACUUCCUGGUCCUAGAUGUCUUUUUUGAAGCCCUGACCUCGGAGGCAAUGGAGCAGCGAGCAGCCUAUGGCCUGUCAGCCCUGCUGGGAGACCUCGGGGGACAGAUGGGCCUGUUCAUGGGGGCCAGCAUCCUCACGCUGCUGGAGAUCCUCGACUACAUCUAUGAGGUGUCCUGGGACCGACUGAAACGGGUGUGGCGUCGUCCCAAGACCCCCCUGCGGACCUCCACUGGGGGCAUCUCCACGUUGGGGCUGCAGGAGCUGAAGGAGCAGAGUCCCUGCCCGAGCCGGGGCCGCGCUGAGGGUGGGGGAGCCAGCAGCCUGCUCCCCAACCACCACCACCCGCAUGGCCCCCCAGGAGGCCUCUUUGAAGACUUCGCUUGCUAGGAUGGUGCUGUGUCUGAAAGGACCCGGAAGUCUGGGACCCCUCCCUGGAUCCCCAACAUAGUCUCCUCUUGAUCCUGGGACAGAAGAUCUGGGGCAGCCCACAGCUGAG